CUCGUUGUGCUUUUAGAAGUGUAACAUAAUCGAAAGUAAACUCAUUGAGUUGCCUUUUCAAAACAAAAACAAACUUUUAGUCUGACCGAAUUGGGUGAAAUUUACAUCAUGGCCACAGAUGUGCAUAACAAGAGUGGGGCUCUAAAGCAAAUUCAUUGCUCUCAGUCACUGCCUGGAACCCCACUCUCACUCAAAUCUUUUCCUAUUCAUCUACCUACAUCCAUGGAUGGGAAGUAUAAGGAGAUUGCAGAGGAGCUGUUCACCCGAUCACUGACCGAGAGUGAUAUGAGGACUGCUCCUUACGAAUUUCCAGAGGAGAGUCCAAUCGAACAGUUGGAGGAGAGACGGCAACGUUUGGAACGCCAGAUCAGUCAGGAUGUGAGACUAGAACCAGAAAUUUUGCUCAGAGCCAAACAGGACUUCAUGAAAAUUGACAGCGCUACAGAUCUACAACACUACAAGGACCAAAUUGAUGCCACAACAGAGAAGUAUCCUGAAGAAAAGGAGAAUGAGAUUGAGCAGGAAUUCCAGAGAGUUCGCAUAUUUGGAGAAGAAAAAUGUGGGGUUCCUUUCACAGACCUUCUGGAUGCUGCCAAAUGUGUUGUCAAAAGCCUGUUUGUUCGAGAGAAGUACAUGGCUCUCUCUCUGCAGAGCUUUGGUAAGACUACUAAGAGGUUUCUGGAGCAACUGGGAGACAGGCAGUGUCAAGCAAACAUGUAUGAUGAAAACCUGGAAGCGCCCAUUUCACCAGAUACAACAAUCCAUUCACCAUUUGCUGAGGAGCAUCCGUAUGAAAACUGUGAUCCAAGUAUAAUGCCAGAGGAUACUGGAUUUGGCUGCAAAAUGAUAGAUGGAGUUACCCAUGUGUACUCUGAAUCAAAUAUCUUGGACAAGACGACAGAACUGAACCUGCCUCGCCCAGAUCUUCAGGAGUUCACUGCAGACAUGAAUGUUUUAAUGGCCCUAAUAAUUAAUGGACCAGUGAAAUCUUUCUGCUAUCGAAGGCUGCAGUACCUGAGUUCAAAGUUCCAGAUGCAUGUUUUACUAAAUGAAAUGAAAGAACUGGCUGCUCAGAAGAAAGUCCCACAUCGAGACUUCUACAAUAUUCGCAAAGUUGAUACCCAUAUUCAUGCAUCAUCCUGCAUGAACCAGAAACACCUGCUCCGUUUUAUCAAACGUUCAAUGAAGAAGAACCCAGAUGAAAUUAUUCACGUGGAAAAUGGAAAAGGACAGACGUUGAAGGAUGUCUUUGAGAGCAUGAACCUCACAGCGUACGAUCUCAGCGUGGACACACUAGAUAUGCACGCGGAUCGAAACACUUUCCAUCGGUUUGAUAAGUUCAAUGCCAAAUAUAACCCAAUUGGGGAAUCGAUUCUUCGUGAGAUUUUCAUCAAGACUGAUAAUUAUAUUGAAGGCAAAUAUUUUGGUCACAUUAUAAAGGAAGUGAUGGAAGAUCUUGAAGAAAGUAAGUAUCAGAAUGCAGAGUUGCGCUUGUCCAUAUAUGGUCGCUCCCGGGAUGAAUGGGAUCGACUGGCAAAGUGGGCAGUGAAACACAAAGUCUACUCCAACAACGUGUGCUGGCUGGUACAGGUUCCCCGGCUUUUUGAUGUCUUCCGUACAAAGAAACAGCUGAACAACUUCCAAGACAUGUUGGAGAACAUUUUUAUUCCCAUCUUUGAAGCAACAAUUAAUCCUCGCAAUCACCCAGAGCUUCACUUGUUUCUUCAGCAUGUUGUGGGUUUUGAUAGUGUCGAUGAUGAAUCCAAACCAGAACAUCACAUCUUUAAUGCAGACAGCCCAUUACCUGUGAACUGGACAGAAGAUGAUAACCCACCAUAUGCCUAUUACCUUUACUAUAUGUAUGCUAACAUGACUGUUCUGAAUCAUCUUCGCAAGAAGAGGGGAUUCAAUACAUUUGUCUUACGACCACAUUGUGGAGAGGCUGGUCCUAUCCACCACCUCAUAUCUGGAUUCAUGCUUUCUCAGAAUAUUUCCCAUGGUCUUCUGCUUCGAAAGGCUCCAGUGCUGCAGUAUCUGUACUACCUGGAUCAGAUUGGAAUUGCAAUGUCCCCUCUCAGCAAUAAUAGUCUCUUCCUGAGUUAUCAUAGAAACCCACUGCCAGAGUACCUUUCCCGAGGCCUAAUGGUAUCUCUCUCAACUGAUGAUCCUCUGCAGUUUCACUUUACCAAGGAACCACUAAUGGAAGAAUACAGCAUUGCUGCCCAAGUGUGGAAAUUGAGUUCCUGUGAUAUGUGUGAGCUCGCACGGAACAGUGUGUUGAUGAGUGGUUUCUCUCACAAGGUAAAGGGCUACUGGCUAGGACCACACUAUCAAAAGGAGAGCAUAGAGGGUAACGAUAUUCGUCGCACUAACGUCCCAGAUAUUCGGGUUGCCUACCGUCAUGAAACGCUGUGUGAAGAGCUGAACUUGAUUACACAGGCAUUGAUUACUGCAGAACAAUUGGAGGAUGAUUCCAUAAAUAUGACACCAGUAUCUGAAUCACGAUAGGCCGCUUUUACGUUUUGGGUAUGAAAGCCUGCUUAUGGCAGGCCAGAGUUGUUAACAACCAUUGUAAACUGGACACCUGUAGAAUGCUGGUGCAUCUAGCACUGUUUACCCACUGUGUCAUUGCUACAAAUUAUUAUUAUUAUUACUACUAGGAGCAUUGAGAAGAGUUGGAAAACUUUACCUUCUAGCAUACACAAAUUCUACCUUUCAUUGUGCUUGUUUUACAUCAAUGUGCGAGUUAUUUAAAUCUAGCUGCCUGUUCUUUUAGAUUACUUUUUAGUUGGCCUGACCUUUUGGAUGACUUGGAUGUCAGAGUUGUCCAUGGUGAGGGAGUAACGAGUUGUAACAUGUUGCUUCUGAUGUGAGUAUGACUGUGAACAUUUGUUUGGUUUAUUCUCAAAGGUUCUACCUCCCUGCAUUCCAAGAGGUGCUAUGGUGGCCACCCAUUUUCCUUUGUGGACACCCAUCUUUGUGACCAUUAAAAUUGAGGCUCUAUCUCAAUUUUGAUUUUUUUUUAAAAAAUUACACAAUAACUAUUUAGUAUGUUAGGUAUUCCCAUAAGCACAGUGUGACUAGGAUGUUUAAAAAUGAAGUAGAUUUGAUUAACUGAUGGAUGUUCAGUAAACAUCCAAAUUAUACCUGUUUGUUGUUUAAUUUGGGGUCUGAAUGGGCAUUCUGAACAAUCUGUUUUACUUUUUCCAACUGUCAUCAACCUGAUGGUAAUUUCAGGAUUGUUAGUGUCCCCAGGUCUAAGUAAGAAUGUUAUGAGUUUAAUCCUGGCUCCAGGGAUGAGAAGCUCGGUAUUUACAAGGACCCUUCAAUGCAGUAUUGCUGUAUUGUCAGAUAUAUUAUUUCUUAGGUGAGUUGUUAAACGGAUUUUAUUUUUUUGUUUUAUUAACAGACAGACGUAAAAGAAGUGCAACGUUGUUUCCCCAUCCCCACCCAUGCUGAUCAAUAAUUAACUCUCACCCUGCGUCACUAGAAGCAGAUUAACUGGUGAAUUUGGCCACGGUCAAUUUACUGUUUCAUUUGCCCACAAAAUAACAAUGAUUAUUUUGUUAAGAAGUAAUCCAAAAGCUGUAAAGGUUUUUGGGACAUUCUGAAUUUAUGAACCAUUCUUAAGUUGUACUUUGAAUUUCAUCUUUCUAGAUUAGUUGCCCUAAAUAUAUUGCAUGUGAUGAAUUGUGACUUACAAUAUUUGUGUUAAAUAAUGCACCUUUAUUUUUAAAAAAAAAGUUGAGCUCAAUUUUUUUGCUUAUCAAUUCAUUUGUAAAUUGAAGUUGAGCUAUCUGUGGGCUUUUCUAAAUCUGCUGACACUUUGCUUAGUAUUGAUGAUAAAGCUUUGAUUAUAUUGCUAUUUAUGCAUUUGCUCAGCAUUUGAGCCUAGUAUUCUGCUGUCUGUUAACCUUGCAGAAGGCAAAUGCUAACAGCUUCAUUCUAGAAGGUGUAGGCAAAUUUAAAAUGGGAUGCUGCUUAUACAGUUGAUGAUUAUUGACUGAAGUAUGGGAAACAGGACUAAGAAUCACUGCCUAAUUCUGCAUGAUAACAUAUUGCUGUCACACCACUAAUUUUCUGUUAAAUGCUGGUGUACAUGUUUAAUAAACCCACAUCUGCUUAACUGUUCCUUAGAAUGCAUAUCAUGAUAAUGUUGCAUUUAGCAGUGAAAAGCUCCAUCCUAUUGCCAAAAGAGCACUUCUGGCCUUGUUAAGUAGUAAUUUUGUUUCAACUGCUCGUGGAAAUGAAAUUCGAACAGCAUGGACACCAUGUUUGCUGUUCAGAGAACUAGUGUUAGAGAAUUAAUUGUUUGACUGGAGCUGGAGAUUAUUCAGAAGGAAUACCCAACUUUAAUAAGUGUGGAGAAAAGUCGUGAACUAAUCUUCAUCUAGUUGCCAUUUGUUUCUAAAUCCAACUGUUCAAUGAAACUUUUUAACAUUUGCUUUGGCUCCCUACAGACUUAUUGUAAAGGCAUACAUAUUAUAUAGUGUUUACUUUGAAAUGUGCAGUCCCAUCCUUUUGCAAGGCUGUAUUUUGUUUGUGAGUGGAAUCCAGUCAUAUGACUAAGAGGGGGAAACCCAGCACGAAAUAAUAGUUAGGCCCAAAGAGACAAUUGUUAGCACUGAAAGCAAAAUACCUACCUGAACUCUUGGGUGGAUGGAUUCGAUUAUUGAUGCUUUUGUUUUGUUAUACAGGUUAUAGAACCCUUCAAUAUUAUUUACAUCCAUAUGCUGCUCACCUGAAUCUUUUACUGCUUCUAUUACAGAUAUCUUUCAUAGAUAUCCUCAAACUGCUCUACAGGCCAAUUAAAUAAUUGCCUCCGUGUUUGCAUUUCGUCUGGAUCAGUCGCAUGAUGAAUGUUUCAUACUUUUUCACAUUUUUGUUGACUUUUUUUACUAAUUAGCUUUUACUAAUGUAAUUUGUUUUUAAAAUAUAGUAAAUAAUGUUCACCAACUGUGACUAUUUUGGUGUGGGAUAACGAGAUUUUAUGAACAAAUUGAAUUUCAGUUAUUUGUGAUUUGUACAGCUGGAUGUCAUGCUUGUUUCAGCCUUGUAUUGCCUACAUCACUACUUGCUGGUUGCACCCUAAUGCAAAUCAAUUUACAUCAGCGCCUUUAUAACGUGACUUGUUACUUAAAAGCACAAUAGUUUGAUUCUAUUUAAGGGGUAUGUGGGAUUUCUAGAAGGUAGCCAACAGGAGAUUACUGCAACAUGAAACAUAGUGUGCAGUGUAAGUCCAGGAUUAUUCAGUGUAUAAACAGCAACUCAGUCAGGUAUCUGACACUGGUGAUGUAGUCUUGUUUUAUGAUUAGCCAACUGUGAAUCUUUAUAGGCCAGUGUUGGUUUAAAAAAACCGUCUUUGUUUGAUUGUUGCAGAUCCUGAGCAAUUACCCCAAAGCAAUUUGUUUAUCAGUAUAUGAACAAUGACCUAAUAUAUAUACUCAUUUGUCAGAAGAAAAUAGGCAGCAGAGCAGAAGAGAGUUUGGGUGACUCAUAUGGUACGCAGACAAAGGUUGGCAUGGACUUAAUGGCCUCAAUAAUCUGCCUGUGCUAUAACGUUCUUAGUUAAACAUUGACAUUUUUGUCCAUCUGAACUAUGUCAGGAGCUCUUCUACACUGACUGAACUUUGUACAAUCCCUUUAAAUAUUGUCUAAACUUUGUUAGAUUAAAUGUAUCGGAUGCGGACAAGUUAAAAAAAACUCUGUUCCCCUCUUCAGGUGCCCCACACUGUUACCAACUGUCUGAGCAACAGACGCACUUUCCUCAGUUUCUAUGGAGCUGUUCUGGAACUAAUCUGUAAUAGGAAAAGAUGAAAUAGAUUACUAUAAGAUUUAUUUUUUUUUAAAUCCGCAUUGCCACCUUGUAUUUGCAUGCCUCUGACAGCCCUGCUGUUAAGUUACAAGUUUUACAAGCCUUCAGUCAAUUUUAAUCCUGCUCUUAAAUAUUGGGAUUGAUUUCUUAUAAAAGCCUGGGUAUGUCUGGAGUCCAAUAUUCACAUGUUUUGAGGUUUAUAGAGGAGGCAGAGACUGACUGACUGAUUGUAUUACGCUCAACACAAAUUAAACAUUUCAAAAACGCAAGGAACCAUUUUUUUUUGGCAUAACUUCAUUCUAAUGAUGCCUUUUGAGCUGGGUCUUGUCAGAUUCUGGCAGUACUCCUUGGUUUUAAGGGAAUAUUCCAGUCAACUGACCAGAAUUUUAGUUCAUUUGUGUAUUUGAUAUUUUUAAGCCUUUUUGAUGCAAAGCAGAAUAAACAGUCUUGCUAAUUGAUCUGCAGGCUGUUCUCAUACAGGCUGUAAUCAUUUUCACUGGAAGAAGUUCCCAUUCUAGUCAAUUGCUUAAAUCCAUUAUAUAAAAUCACCUAUACCUACAACAUUAGCUAUUAUGUGUUUUUUUUAAGUGUCACUGUUUUAUUAUACUUUCUUGAUCAGACCCAAUUGUCAGAAAAUGUCUGUUCAAUUGGUAGUCCAGCUAGUUUUGCAACAAAAUGGGAAAACUUUUAAAAAGCUAAAAGAGCUAAUUUACAAUAUUAUCCAAUAUAAUAAUUCUUCAAUUAUAGCACUCAUCAUGUUUUUAAUCAACAGAUUAGUCAAAUUAGCUUUUCU